AUGCGUCAAAAUGCGAAAGACUUACCAGAGUCAUCAAGCAAACCGCCUGGGGCAAAACCAAAGGCGUCGAAAGGACAACAGGCGGCUAAUCCUAAGAAGCGUUCACCAAAGGAUGCGAAACCAGAGGCAGACGCGCAGUCCGAUCAACAAAGCGACUCAGCACCCCAGAAUCGUACAAACCUCACCAUCACACACGACCUCGUCAAGAAACCAAUCGAAUGCCACCAAUACACUCCCACAUCAUCGCCAUCCACCCCACCACCAACGCUGAUUUUCACCCACGGCGCAGGCGGAACACUCUCCACCGACGCCGUAGUGAACUUCUGUACCGGAUACUCCUCUUCUCUCCCUGUUCUCGCAUUCCAAGGCUCGAUGAACCUCAAAGCGCGGACAAAGGGCUUCCACGCAUGUAUUGAUGAGCUGAAGUCCAGUCAAUCGACUGCACGAAAGGGAGCAAAAGAGGACACGGCUGGAUCGAAGACAUUGUUACUAGGCGGACGAAGCAUGGGUGCUCGAGCUGCUGUCAUCGCAGCUAGCGAACACCUCGCCUCGCUAGAUGACAAGGAAAGAGAAGAAUUGAGCAUACAGCUAAUACUCGUUUCCUACCCACUCCUCGGCCCCAAAGACGUUAUGCGGGACCAGAUUCUCCUCGAUCUCCCAAAGAACGUCCGCAUACUCUUCAUCAGCGGCGACGAAGACGCUAUGUGUCCUAUCGAUACGCUGAACGAAACGAGGGAUAAGCUGACGGCGCAAUCGCAGCUUGUAGUUGUUACCGAUGCGAACCAUGGGAUGAACGUCGUACCGGCUAGCAGGACGCAAAGAGUAGGAGAAGAGACAGGACGAAUGGCAGCGCGAUGGGUGCAAGGGGAACCCAUGGACGAUGAGACAUAUAUCGAUGAGCUGGAGGGCGAAGAACCUUGGAAGUAG